GAAAAAAACCAUAGAAACGUUUAAACAAAGAUGGCGUCCUACUCCACUUCAAACCUCUUCUGUUCAUUUAUCUUCUUUACUGCCGUCACGACAAAAGAAAAUACAACAAGCUACAGCUUGACUGGGUUGGGCGAGCAGAACGUCACAUAUAACGUUACUGACUAUUUUACAACUACACAGACGACAGAGUUUGACUCCGCUGCAACACCGCUCCACAGCAGCACAGAGAAGGCCGUUGAACCGAGCCUCCCCCCCGAGCCGCUGCCCGUCACCGGCCGCCUGCUCACCCCCGUCACCAGCGUUGACAGGUUGUGUUCCUGUGACGAGCACAAGGAUGUGUGUGACAUCAACUGCUGCUGUGACAGAGAGUGUAGUGAGGAGGUGGCUCUGUUCACUGGCUGCUCAGUGGACACUGUCAGUGGCAACAAGCAGCUGUGCAGCCGUGAUGUAGCAUCCUACUCUUUAGGGAGUGCAAUAGAUGGCUACUCAGAGCUACAGUCGUCUGUCCAGAAGGAGACUAAUUAUGACAUCUUUUGCAUUCAGUCACAGAACCGUGUUGAUGGAGUAUCUCAUCCCUCACCCUCUCUUCCAACCGACAGCAACUUUGAUUCACUCUUCAAACAAUUUACCAGCUUUAUUUUUGGCUCAGAGGUGAACAGUGGUCCGGUGUCCACUGCAGAGCUCCAGGCCUCGUCUGGAUACCGGUAUGGGGAUGUGAUGGGGACAGCAGGAGCCAGUGGACAGAGAGGGACGUUCUGGUUGCCAGCUCCUAGUUUCACUGCUGACUGUAUGGACACAAGUCCUGCAGCGUUCCUAAAGGAUCAGAGCAGUCGGUGUUCUCGGCGCGUGGUCCUGGAGCAGGACUGCAGCACUCUACUGGCCCUCAGCAUAGACACCUACACGAACAUUCAGCUAUUUGCUGGGAAGAAUAAAGAUGCAGCAGAGGUUGUUCCUGUGGAAGUGGACUCGGUUGUCCUGCAGUCUGUAGAUGGGACUCAGACUGAGCUACAGAUAAGUGGUGGAGAAAACCUCACCCCUAUUCUCCUGAACCAGGUCCUCUGUGCUAAUGUGGUGUUGAAGGUUGUCUUUGUGAUUAAGUACAACCCAGCUGGGGAGAUAGUGAAUGUGACGGUGUCUCUGGUGCUUGGGUUUGUUCGUGAAGCUGCGCUGCCCCUGGAACAGGAGUUUCAGAUCACAUUUGUCCAGGAGGACGGGGAGGUAGCUGUCCAAUACAGUGGAAAUCCAGGUUAUGUGUUUGGACGACCUCUUGUGUCUGGAACAAAAAGAGCAGAUGGGAUUGCUAGAAGCACAGGCCCCAGAGACACACUGUCUCUUCUCCACAGUGCUGAGGACCAAGACUGUUUGCAGGGACCACAUAGGCGCUCCCCUGUCCAGUUUGGUCUGGACUCUGUGGCUGGCUGCACAUUAAGACUGGAGGAUGCUGUCAACUGCUCCCUGGUCUUUCAGGUGCUUCUCGAUGUUCUGAGAGGACCAAACUAUCCCCAGUAUGUGGCUUCCUUUGGAAACUCCCCGUUAGACUAUCCACUGGACUGGGUGCCAAUCAAGAACAACUUCAGUCCCCAGUUUGUGAGACAAAAGGAGGCUGUUAAAGUCAAGAAGGAUGCACAGAGUUGCAGCAUCCCAUUGUCACUUCACUUAGAUAUUGAAUGGACUACAUAUGGAUCUUUGGUGAACCCCCAACCUCAGAUUGUGAGCAUCAAAGAAGUAAUCCAAACCAACACCAGCAGUUUGGCCCUGUUACCUGGAGGCAGCAGCAUCCUGUCAAUCAGGAGCUCAGUGACCUUCAUACCAGUUUCUGCUGCCGCUCUUCCUGGUUACAGAGCCACGCCCACCAUCAACGCCCAGCUGCCCUUUGACUUUUUCUUCCCUUUUGUCUGAACAGUCCGUGCAGUAACAUUUACCAUGCACACUGGCACGUGGCAUUUAUGACAACAAGCACUGUUUUUUACCUUUUAACUGUGUAUUUUGUGAAUAAUGUAUGUAGGAUUUUUUAAAGAUUAUUUAUAAAAAUUUUUAAUAAACAAAAUCACUUUA